CUUCCCCAGAAUGGAGCUCGUCGCGGGGGGUCACCACUCACCAGACGGCGGCGCCGUUCGCGCUCUGCCCGGGCCAGCAUCUGCUCGCCGUCGGGAUGGCGGCGCAGGGCCGCGGUGACGCCGGGAGACGGGCGUCGCGCGUGGAUGUGCUUCAGCUCCUCCGGCCCAGCGGCGAGCACCCCCUUGCAUACCCGCUGCAGGUGGAUUGCCUGGUCGGAGCACCAGGGCUGCGCAGGCUGGCGUGGUCCGCGCCGCCGACGGGCUACGAGCCUGGAUUCACAUUCGCCGAUCAGGAGCUAUACCAGGCCGGCCUCCUCGCCGGCGGUUUCGAUGACGGCACCGUCCGUAUCUGGAAUCCCGAGCCCGCACUGCUUUGGGAUCUUAAUCAGGGCGUUGCAGAAAAGCCAAAGCCUGUGCUGAAAAUGGACGACAACCCUGCAUUGGCGCUGGUUUACGAAAAAGAUCUCCCACAAACUGUCUCAGGUAUGAACGACACAAUUGGCAAAAUCGAAUGGGCAUCGAGAAACACGAAGUGGAAGAAAACUGGGUCAAAUGUUCGUGAUACAAACGCAGAGUGGUACAUCUGUCCCAAGGAGGUGCAUUAUCAAGUGACAAACGAAAUGGAUCUGCUGACGGAAUCUCAUGAUUUGGAAGGCCCGGUUCUGGGUUUAUCUUUCAGUGACAUCAAACCUCACCUGAUUGCUACUGGUGCUUCGGACGAGACCAUUACUAUCCACGAUUUAAGCUAUCCGAUUAAGCUAUCAAACCUGACACUUGAGUUGAAAGAUGCUGGAUCAUCGGAGGUGGAGACUGAGAUCACAUCCCUGAAAUGGAACAAGAUUUAUCCAUGCAUUCUUGCCUCCACGACUAAUAAAGGAAGCACAAAGUUUUGGGAUAUUAGAGCCAAAAAGUCGCUGAAGACAUGCAAAGCCGGAAAAGCGAAGAUGUGCUCAGAUCUUGAAUUCAGUCUGAGGAAUCCCAUGCACGCAGCUGUUUCAACAGUUGAUAAUGGUGCCUCAGCAGCAGUUACGAUCUGGGAUAUGAGAAAACUCAUUGUUCCAUAUUAUCAGUACAACGUUGGUGCUCCAGGGGUAAUCUCAUUGUCUUGGAAUCACUUAGGCCAGCUCCUCGCUUCACAUGUUGAUGGCUCGAUAAGUUGCUAUGACGUCUACGACAGGAAGAUGGUGGAAGGGGGCAGUAGCUAUGCUCACGCUGAUCUUGGAGUGACCUGGACUCACUCUGAAAAUGUAGUCGCGGCACUCUCUUCCAAGAAAGGAGUUAGGCUAUAUCAGCACUGAGCGACAGCGGAAGCAAAAAGCUGAGAGAGUCGAUACUUAAAAGCUGAGUUCACCGAUACGGGAGACUGCUGAAAGUACAGCCAUAGCAAUAGGCAUAAUGUAGACUAGAAUAUACUCCCUGUGUAAACUAAUAUAAGACUUUUUAGAUCACUAUUUUAGCGAUUCAAAAGGUCUUAUAUUUGUUUGCAGAGGCAGUACAGCGGUACCAUGCAUAUGUCCAACACUUGUUUUUGCGUGGCUAACCAAAGUGAAAGGAAAAGAAACAGAGGCUUCACGUGUACAACCCUUUUGAUUGAUUCUUGAUACUUGUAUGCAAGUGAGAUAGAUCAUAGAUU